AUGAGGUCUAUCAUUGCUAAAGGUCCAGAUGACGACAUCUUUGCUCUUGACCAGCAGUUGCUCAGUUCGGUGCUGGGUGUUUUUGGGGCGUUGAAUUGGAGUUUCAAAGGGUUCCGGUAUGACCCUAAAGAGUACAUCUUUGACACUUUGCUUGAUGUCUUUUGGGCUCGCAAUGAUCUUACAACUCUUAAUCGUCAGAUAGCUCCUCGGCAUCAAGGAACACAACAGAGAUCGCGUAACAAUGCUUCUCAUGUCUUGCAGGUCGUCUUUGAAAUUCCACCAUAA